UCAAUAAUGCUCCUAUCGUUGUUUUUUCUUCUUUCCUUGAUCUUCAAUAUUUGUUAUGCUGCUAAUUGUUUACCUCCAUCAGUCACCUCUAAUUUGUAUGAAAAAGUGUGUUUUGAUACAGGAAAUUCGACCUCCAGUACCAAUCCCUGCCCAAUCACCAACCGUUGCCUAAAACUUCUGGAACCUUACCCUCAAAUCACUUCGGCUAAAGACUAUGUUACACUGUGCAAGUUCUACCUAAAGGUGGCAAUAGAGAAUGCAACAAAAGUCCAUAAUUAUUUCAAUGAAGUGAUGAAGAAGAACUCUUCUUCUGAAGCCUUGAAAUUAUGUGCAACUGUUUACUAUGACGGGUUUGUUAACGAAUUGAAAGCUUCAUUGGCUGAUUUGGUUAGGGACCCAUCAAGUGCAAACUAUGAUGCCUUUACUGCUGGAGAUGGAAUUAACGCCUGCAAUAGCCUCUUGGAUAACGAAAAGAUAUCUAAUCCUAUUCUUCAUACCUUAAAUAGUGACAUGUCAUUUCUUGUUGUAGUUGCGUUUUUUGCUACAUACAAUCUUCCAGGCCAGUAAUUGAUUCAUAUAUACAUAUAUGUUGGCUUUUAUUGAAUUUUA